GUUGGGGGGUAUUCGGCCAGGGUCCGGAACGAAUGAUGGAUAUGGAUGUCAACUGUAAAAUGUUAUUACAAUAUCGUUGGCGCAUACAAAUAUAAGCUGACAUUGGCAGUACGGUUUGUGUGCAGUUGUGCCAAGGCGUCUCAAUCAGGUAACGAGAGUGUGGCGGAAAUGACGAAAUUGACAAAUGAAUACCAUAAAUUGACACGCGAAUUAGUCAACUAUGGACGAUAUGAUACACGUGAUGAUUUUACUGUUGUUGUGCAGCCUUUCCUUGAAGAUACCGGAUUACCGUGGAAUGAGGAGACCGGGGAAUGGGAUGAUAGUAUAAUGGCACCAGACUGUUUUCAUUUCAGCGAACUCGGCCAUCAACUAAGCGCCGGAGGAUUGUGGAACAACAUGUUCGAAGAUAUGGGCAAUAAAACGAAUAACUGGGACUUUUAUGACUUGUACGCAUACUGUCCAGUAGAGACUGACGUAUUUAAAACUAGGCUGAACAGUGAUCCAUCGUUUUACGUGCCACCUACUGGAGAUCCGCCAAUAACCAAACCGCCCCCACCGACAACAACACCGGAACCAACAUCUUUUCCUAUGAUUCUUACACCAGACUGA